AGCAGUUUAAAGAGGAAAAUCCAAUUCCGAAUGUUUAUGGUUCGAAAGUUUCUGUAUGUUCUUCCAGAAUCAAGAAUGAUCCUAAUUCUCAAAAUCCAGAUCCAAAUAUUAUCCAUAUGAUUGCUAAAACAUUGAUCGGUGAUUACUUGUGGAAAUAUACCAGAAAUAAUUUUUGGUCAAGAAAACGUCAUAGAAGAUUCUUUUGGAUUCAUCCUUAUACUAAUAUCUUGUACUGGAGUAAAGAGAAUCCUGCCACCUAUGAGUUUGACAGUCCAAAUUUAAAGAAAAAAGUGUCAUAUUUCACUUACAUAGAUUAUGUUCAUGAAAUUAUUAACGAUGAUUAUUCAUCCCCUGAUUUAUAUCAUACGAGUUUAGUCAUUACAACUCCAGAAGGCGAUAUGGAAAUCACAACUCAAUCUAAAGAACAACAUGAAUGUUGGUUCCAGGCUUUAAGAUAUUUACAUCGGAGAUCUGGUUUAAAUCAAAUUCCGACUUCACUUUCUGUAGAACUUCUUAAUAACGAUUCGGAUUAUUUUUGUGAUGACGACGGUGAUAGUGAUGAUUUAAAAAAUAUGCGUCAAUGUUGCAAUGGCCGUCAUGAUAUUAGUAAACUUGAGCGCUUUAACUUUUAUAAGGAAUUUGGAAGUUUUGUUUUUAUCAAGGUCUCGAUUUUACAGGUUUCAGCACCUUUUGUAGAUGAAUCUUAUUCAUCUGAUCAAGAUUUAUACGAUGCUCUUAUUAACACGUUUUUUCCAAUUGCUUUUGUCUUUUUGUUUAGUGUAAAAGAAAAACCUAACUCUAUUAGAAAUACGUUAUUGCCACUACUAGAUGACUUAUUGUAUAAUUUUAUCACUUGGGGAAUUCCAUUAAUU